CUGCUCUUGAAACGACUUCUGCUUGAAUGAGUAAAUAAAAUGAGGGGAACAGAAUGUUCCCUUUGGCUGUGGAAUUACCACUUGCACAGGUGCAGAAGCAAAAUGUUUCUUCUGCAAGCAGAGGGGUUUAUUUGUUAAUCUCCACGGGAGCCCUGAUGGCUGUGCCAAUGCUGCUCUCUCCGCUCGUGUACCUCAUCUUUCUGUCUACAGCUGUUUGCAGCCAGCCUGAAAGAAAGAAAGGGCUUCCUUACAACCUCCAGAUGGAUUCCCACAAUUUCCGGCACAUUUUGUCCUGGCAGACAGAACAUGACCCAGCUGUGCCAGCAUCCUACAAUGUGCUGUACAAAGACCACAGGAGCUCGAACUGGCUGAGUGCUAAGCAGUGUUCAGGUAUUUCCCAGCUCUCCUGUGAGCUGACAGAGGAGUUCAAGGAGAGGUCCUCUGUGUAUUGUGCACAAGUUCAGAGCAUUAGAGGAACUCAGGUGCUCAAUUCUUCUGUACUGCAUUUUGUGCCAUCAGCUCAGACAAUUCUGGGACCACCAGAAGUGAACAUCACUUCUUGUCCAAACUGCAUCAAUGUCACCAUAAAGCUGCCGACCUCUCACCUCAGAGAGAAGGGAAAGCUGCUGUCUUUAAUUGACAUCUAUGAAGAGCUGGAUUAUAAUAUCACACUGAAGUCACUGGAUGGAGAGCAUAAGAGGCCACGGCAGAAAACCACUAAAGAAGUGUUUAGUACUGUCAUUGGAGACUUGUACCCCAGUAGGAAUUACUGUGUGUCUGUGGAGGUCCGUGCAUCCCUGAACAGAUAUUCCAUUCCCUCCUCCUGGAAAUGUGUCAGUACAGACUUGGCAGCUCGACAAGAUGUUUUCACUCCAGGGUAUCGUGAAGGUGCAGUGGCUGGUGCUGUCUGCUUUGCCCUGAUUAUUGCUGCAGUCCUGAUGUGUGCACAUGCAGCAGGUUUUACUCUCCUGAAGGUUUCCUUACCUCCGACCUUGGCAUGCAUCAGGAAGUUGGCCUACUCACCUUGGGUGUUUGAGUCAGAAAAUCUGUCCUCUCUGGAGAUCAUCCCCAGAGAGGUUAAAAGCAAGGCCAGGGGGUGCAGAGGCAGUGCCAGUGAUGACAGUGACAGCAGUGACAGUGACAGCAGUGCCCUGUGUGACCACGACUACGCGAGGCGUGCGGGGCUGGGCAGGGGCAGAGUCCGCCAGGGCUGUGACAGCCCCGGCACCCUGGUGCAGUACUCAGUGAACAGCACCUGUGAGUACAGCGGCAGCCAGGCCGGGGACACCCCAGCUGCUGAGCCAGAGCUUGAGGAGCACGAGGGGGACCCUGAAGGAGACACAGACACCAGGAGUGAGUUACUGAGCCCUUUCUCUGAGGGCAGUGGUAGCUCCCAAGGGAACAGCGAGUGCUUCACCAUCAACUUACACACGGUGCUGCUGGGAACCCUGGAGCCGGAUGGGGACAGCUCUGCAGCUGCUCCCUCGUCCCAGGAAGAUGCAGAUGACUGGCACUGUGCUCAUGCUCUGGAAGCAAAGCUGCUGGAGGACACGGGAAGUGUGCAGGAAGCACCUUGUUCUAAUGACUUCCAUGAGUGGCAAAACUCCUCUUCUUCUGAGGACAGUGGCUCUUUGGACUCAGACACUGAGCAUGUAACAGGGUACAUGAGGAGAUGAAGAAGGGAGAACUGCUGUUACUUUAUAACAUAGGAACCAGUGUUGUUUAUUUCUGGACUAAACACACAGAUCUUGUCCUUUCAUUAACAUCCUGUGACCAUGGA